AUGGAGCCCAGUGGGUUGAUGGCAGUUAAGUGGACUCUGAGUCCCCUCCAUGGUCACUGCUUGAUGAAAAUGAGAGUAGAGAAUCUAGAGAUGAGUAUGGAUCUGUUAGGAGAAGACUCAUUCAAACGUGUUUUUGAAGAUGGGGAACAAUCUAUUGGCUUCUCCUUCAAUGGCACAUUUGAGAUCAAUUGUUCAAAGGAUAUUAAAAUUCAGGGUAUCAUUGGACCUUGCACAUCUUUGGAGAAGAAAGGACCUGCUGUUGCCAAUACAGUCAUAGGACAGGGAAACACUACAUCCUGGAAGAUGUGUGGCCUCGAUAAAAGUAUUUGCUUGACUGUUUUCUUUGAUAUUUCAUCUAGUGAAAAGCCAGACCCUUUAGGAAUUUGCAGGGGUCAAGGCUAUGUAUAUCUAACUCUCCUCAAACCGUGAUGAAGUUCGUUCACUAUCUUCUUCUGUGUGCCAUCAUUUUCGAAGCCUUUGCUUAUCUUGUUCUAGAAAUCAAUUUUGUUGAUGAUAGAUUGUUUAGCAAUGCUUAUGAAGUGCUGUGUGGAAAUGAUAUGCUCUUAAGGGUCUUGCCCUAUCCCUUUAGGAAUAGAACAA